GCAGCCAGCCUGCGACAGAAAAACAAACGAGGAUAGGUCGAGCAGUACACAGUCAGUCUAUGUUUUAAAAGAAAAAGAAAGAGUGAAACCCGAGGAUAUGUGGAUUUAAACGUUAUUUGUGUGGCUUUCACGCGGGCUUAGUUACUUAUUGUUUGGUUCUCAUUUCGGCGGAGUGUGUUUGCCCAUUCUCACUGGAGUGAGCACUAAGGAGGACUCCAUGAAAGAUGACAGAGGAGGUGAUUGUUGUAGCCAAGUGGGACUACACGGCCCAGCAGGACCAGGAACUUGACAUCCGUAAAAACGAGCGUCUCUUCCUCCUGGACGACUCAAAGACUUGGUGGCGUGUCCGCAACACUGCCAACCAAACAGGGUAUGUGCCAUCGAACUAUGUGGAGCGCAAAAACAGCCUGAAGAAAGGCUCACUGGUGAAGAACAUCAAAGACACACUGGGUUUGGGAAAAACUAAGAGGAAGACAAGUGCUCGUGAUGCUUCCCCAACGCCAAGCUCAGACACAGAGUACCCCUCCAAUGGCAGCGGGGGCGGAGGAGGAGCUGCUGAAAGGAUCUAUGACCUCAACAUCCCCGCCGUGGUCAAGUUUGCCUACACAGCAGAGAGGGAUGACGAGCUGACCCUGGUCAAGGGCUCAAGGGUCGUCGUGAUGGAGAAGUGCAGUGACGGCUGGUGGAGGGGCAGUCAGGCGGGCCGCGUGGGCUGGUUUCCUUCCAAUUACGUCCUGGAGGAGCUCAGUGGGGCCGAUGACAGAGAGGAUGGAGAUUCCUCACAGGGCUACCACGGAGGAUCUCAAGGGACUUUGUUGGCCAACGGGCGUGCAGGUGGCCGUGGCGCAGUGCUUCACUUGGUUCAAACGCUCUACCCCUUCAGCUCUGUUACAGAGGAGGAGCUGAACUUUGAGAAGGGAGAGGUCAUGGAAGUGGUGGAGAAGCCUGAGAACGACCCGGAGUGGUGGAGGUGUAAGAACUCACGUGGCAUGGUAGGCCUUGUGCCUAAAAACUAUGUGGUGGUGCUGGAUGAGCGGCCCGGCCUGCCCUCCUCUAUGUCGAGCUCCCCGCAGAACCGCUUCUUGGCACCGGCACGCUCUGGGAAGUUCGCUGGGAGGGAUUGGUACUACGGCAACAUCACCAGACACCAGGCUGAGUGUAUACUUAAUGAAAGAGGAGAGGAGGGUGACUUCCUGGUACGAGACAGCGAGUCAUCGCCCAAUGAUUUCUCUGUGUCUCUGAAGGCGGCCGGUAAGAACAAGCACUUUAAAGUGCAGCAGUUAGAAGGAGUGUACUGCAUCGGCCAGCGCAAGUUCACAUCCAUCGAUGAAUUAGUUGAGCACUACAAGAAAGCCCCCAUCUUCACAAGCGAACAUGGAGAGAAGCUGUACCUGGUGAAAGCGCUGCUGUGAUUCACACAUCCUCACACCUACACUGGAUUUCACACACACAAACACGCUCUCUUCAUACACGCAUUAUACUAAUGCCACCCCCUAACUGUCUUAACUCAAGCCUUAGCUCUGGACCCUCUCGCUGUGGCGUCUGUACUACAUCCAGUUUGAUCUGUCGCCCUCCAGUGGCGGUCAGGUGAAACUCUUUCUAGCUCCGCAACCGAGCAAGACGGCGAGCACUGUGUCAGCAAAUACCCAGCUACAUCCUUCAUGUACAGCACAGUGCACAAUAAGCCUCUGUCUCUUGGGUACGCUAACUUGUGCAGUGACCACAUCUGCUGCUAACAGAACGCCUGAGGCCUUGUUGGGGGUCGAGCUGUCCUUCUGAUGUCAUGUAUAAUGGUCAUUUACUACCACGCACAUUGUAGGUUACACCAUUGCUCUUAAUCCACGCAGGAAGACAGACAUUUAACACUUCAAAGAGGAUGCAAACCUCUGAGGGACCUUACCUGUAAAAUUUCUGGCCAUUGCUUUAUUUUGUUUGUUUAUUUUUAAAAAAAUAAGCAUGUUCCUGAGUUAACUUUUGUUUUUUAAAGAUAAUUUAAAUUCCUCUCUUGAGGUUUGAAUCAUUGCUCUUUCAUACAGUGACUUCACAAAGUGACCAGAAUCACUCUUUUGCCUUUUUCUCCUGAUUUCCAUCAUUCCUCUACAUGAUUUCUCUUCCCUUUUGAAUUUGUGUCUUCUGUCACUUUUCAGAUCGUUUCUGUCUCCAGUCCGCAGGCCCAGUCAUUAGUAGUAGUGAUUAGUAAUAAUCUGGUACAAUACUUCCUGUAAUAUUUCUAAAAGGCAACAAGGGGAGCAUUAAUGCAAUAGGGGAGACCUCUGAUAUCCUGUAGAGUUCGAAUGUUUAUCAAUGUAACCAAAUGUGCCACCCUGUAUCCAUGCUACUGGCUCCAGGACUGCACUGCACUCACCAUACUUGGCAUUCAUUGCCAGCUCGGCUCAUGCUUUAUAUUUUCUCACAUUGAACAUGUUCCUCUUCUGUUCUCCAGUAUGUGUCUGUAGCUACAUGAGGAUACUGACUGAAGAAUUAGAAUUAAAAAAAUAAGAAUCUUUUUUGGUAACACUUUUGUGUGACUACACUUGAUCUACUCCUGCGAAUGAUUACAGAUAUAAAAGAGUACCUAUUCUGGUGUAGUAUUUGUCAAAGAUAAGUAUAUCUUUGAAUCUUUGUGAAAUUUUGCAAGAAAAGUGUUAUUAUACCCUAAAAGACACAAUUUAGACUGAGACCUCAAUGUUUAACUUUACUAAGGAGGGAUGACCCUGAGCUCAACUCUAAAUAAAUCAGAAAUAGUCAUUCAUAAGUCAGUUAAUAAUUUGGAAAUACUUACUAGUUAUUAAACCUAUUAAUGAAAUAAGUCCAACAAUAAAUUCACAAGGUGGAGAUAAUGACCAUUUGCCUGCCCCUCCCCUGAACAUCAGUUGUCCAACAAUAUCUCAGCACCCAUAAUCGUAGUUUAUCAACCAUAACAAGGCACGACAAAUCUGUCUAUUAAGCAUUUAAAGGGAUAGUUUAGUUGUUUUUAAUUGGGGUUUUAUGGGGUACUUAUACGUAUUGCCUACAGCAGAUGUUAGUCGGCACGCCCCCAGUUUGGAGAAGCAGGCUAAAGUCCAAAACGGAAGCAAAGCAAUGUACUGCUGUGGAUGGGGGUCAGCAACUAAAGGUAUUUAGCUACUUAAAUAAAAGUCCCACCUACAAAGAUCAAUAUCUGUUAAAGUGUUUGUUAUCUUGAGAGUAUUUUAAGCGCUUUACCAUUUUGUCAGACAGCCAGUUCUGACGUGGAAGCUGUUAAACGCUUCAGCUUUCCAUCUGUGCUCUUGUAAAGCCACCAGAAUCUGUUGACAAAAAUGGUUAUUUUAGCUCCCUGAACAUGGGAGUUGCUGGUGUACUGCUACCUUGAUCAGUUGUCAGUUUGUGUUAUCGACUAACUUUGGUGAAUCUGAACUAAUCCUUUAAAAUGCCAAACACAAAAACAUAAACACACAGUCUGGCUUUAAAGACUGGGAUUUAACAGUUUAAUUUUCCAACUGGAAAUUGCUGACCAAGAGGUUAAGUGUUCUAAAUAAUUUUGAUGUGCUUAAACUCGUAGUGAUUUUUUUUGAAGUGGCUAAAAUACGUUUUAUUGCAGAGGCCAUUAACCGUAGUACAUUGCUUUGCUUUUGUGCUGGUAUCCAGCCUGCUUCUCCUAAGUGUGGGCAUGCUGACUGACAUGAACUGUGGGUAAAUGCACUGUCUGUAUACCCCAUACAACCCCACUUCAAAAAAAAAACAAACCUACCCCUUUAACUUUAACGCAAAGACUUUGGUAUGUUCAAAGCUUUUCCAAAACUGAAAGCUUGUAUAAAAAAAUGGAUUAAAUGGUGUGUUUAUCUGCUUAUAUUAUAAUAGUUAGCAUGCCCAGCUAACUAUCUUACUGCCUACAUAAGAAACUGAGUGUAGCUGCCAAGACCAUGGAGCACAUCAUAAAUUAGCUAACCACAUUUAUAAACUGGAUGUGUUGCAGAAGACCGGAGCUUUAGACAAGCCCAGCAACCGGAACUGAGGAGUUGGGGCUCAACAAAUGGUCAAUUUAUAAUAACAGUCAUCUUUUACUGUCAGGAAACCAAAUAAACCCAUCUGGUCUAUAAUGAAAAAAAAACUUCUAGUUCUACCAAACAGUUUUUCUUUUCUGUUCUCUUUUUCUUUGUGCAUUUGUUUACCAAUGGAAGUGUUGUUGAUCAUGGGGUCCUCAGCUUUUAUAUGAUAUAUCUGAAUGUUAUUGAGCAUUGUUAUUUAAUUCUUGUCUCCACUGUAUGUAUAUAUUCAAAAUAAGAUGAGGUGCAUAUAUGAAUCGCUGAGAUCAAACUAUGGUACUGUAUCACCGACGAUGUGAUAAGAAUUGAAAUACUUUUGUUCAAUAAAAUUUUUGAAGAAUACUAAAA